UUCGACUUGAUUUUAGUUUUUGGGUAAAACCAGAAAGAAACCUCAACACCUAAAAUCGGCGACGCCUCUUCUUCGACUUCUUCGUAAUUCAGAAUCGGAAGCUGCGACGGUUAAUUCAGAGGAAGUUAGGAUGAUUAUAUGAGAAUCGACGGUGCACCGCCUUUGAGGAGGAACAAUGGAAAUCAAUUGGAUAGAAAUCGCUGGAUUGGUAUUUCCAAACUUUUUAUUUACAGUGUGUCUAUCCAUUCUUUGUCUUGGUAUAGUACAUACGAACAAAAGAGGGAAAAAAUGAAAAAAAGAAGCUAUUAUUUAUAAAAUCUUAAAGUGAUUUUUAAAAUUAUGAAUUACAAUAAUAUAAUCAUUAUUAUGUUUUCGAUUAAUAACUAUUCAAACAUGUAAUUUUAAAAUUAAUUAUUCAAAUAUUUGGUCAAUAGGAGUUAAUUCAGUUAAUAUUUGUAUUGAUUAUUCAAAUAUGAUAGGUACAAAAUCCGAAGGUAAAGAUAAGUUGUGAUCGACUGAUUUAUUCUGUUUUGCUUAUAUUGCUAGAGGCGUGCUUAUAAAAUUGUCCUAUUUAAUUGCAUUUAUUUUCAUAAAUUAAAGAAUAUCUUUCCCUCCCGUAGUAUAUAUAUAAGCCCACAUCCACUAUAUUUAAUCAUAAAAUCAGAAAGAAAGCCUCCAGUUCUUGGUACAUUAUUUCGAAAACAUCUAUUUUGUUAGAGAGUUGGAAGGUAUGAUGAAUGAUCUGUGUGAGUGUGGAGAUUUUAGUGCAUAUUACCUUGAAAAAGAUGGAAGCAUUAACACAUCAAACAAAGAUAACUUAAAUCCUUCCUCUUUUCAAAUGAAACAUUUCUACUUCAUGACUAGCUGUAAUGCUCUAUUUGAUUAUCAUGGUCCGAAUCGGACUAGUGAGUAUAAGAUCCUCCCCAAGCCGUAUUCGGAACCCCCACCUUGCUGGUUCGAACCCCCACCUUGCACUGCUUGCUAUCAUGAAGCAAGUGGGAUGUGGUAUGACCAUACAUUGCAAGAUUGCAAAGUGGUGAAUCUUUUUCAUACUCGUUUGGAAUACGAUUCAAGCUAUCAAGAUCAUUCCGCUCAUCACAUCAAAUUGUAUUCACUCAAAACUAAUUCUUGGAAGAAGAUAGAAUGCAAAGAUUAUGAAUACAGCAGUUCACAACAUUGGACUCAAUCUUGUGAUCGAAGUAGCGCGGCUUGCGUAUCCGGGACUUUUUACCAUGCAAUGUACGAAGCUAUCCUUUCUUUCGACAUUUCUACUGAAACUUUUUCCAGACUACCCUUGCCAGAUGGUUGGUUUCACAAGCGUAGUUACAUUCUAGAGUAUAAAGGGUUAUUAAGUGCUCUUGUAUUCUCGGACAAUGAAGAUUCUGUACCUUGGAAAUAUGACGAUCAUGCGACUAGGAAGUAUCAAUUUUGGAUUAUGAGAGAUGGAUUGUGGACAAGAGAUGAAAUGGUUUUUCAUAUUCCUGGCAUGGAGAGGCCGAUAUGGUUCUCACAGGACGGUAUGCUGUUGUAUUUUGAAAGCCUUCGUCAUGAGCUAGUGUUGUUUGAUUGUGCCACCGGAAAGUUGAAGUAUCUCAGUGUCAAUAGCCCUAUGAGAUGUCCAAAGAUGGUUGAGAUCUUUGGAGUUUCAUGUCUUGAGGAGGAUCAGGUGAAACAAGAAGAUGAUGAAGACAAUACUUUGUCUAAAAUCAGCCUUAUCCUCAACCUCGACGCUUUGUCUUUAGAGUCGGAAGCUAUGAUGAAUGAUAUGGUGGAAGCUAUGAUGAAUGAUACGGUGGAAGCUGGGAUGGUUGAUACGGCGGAAGCAGAAGUUAUAAUGGAUAAUACGAGAAUCGAUGGUGCACCGCCUUUGAGGAGGAACAAUGGAAAUCAAUUGGAUAGAAAUCGCUGGAUUGGUUACUCUGAUAAACCUGAUCCCGAAGUAUCUGAGACAAAAUGUGCAUCAUGCUUACAACUAGACAUAUGCCCUAAGCCUAAGCCUAAGCCUAAGCCUGACAUUUUUGUCAAUUAUUCUGAUUGUAUUCCUGAUAUUUAUUUUGUUGCAUAUUCCCUUGAAGAGGAUGGCACCCUCUCACCCAAGUAUUUCAUACAUAUCCCCACUUUUCUAUCUGAACAAGAAUAUUACUUCACUACGGCUAGUUGUAAUGGCCUCUUUCAUUUUUAUGAUAGAAUAUUGGGUAGUCAAGCUCUUUGGAACCCAACAACGGGUGGGUAUAAAAUAUUGCCUAAGCCAUUAGUGGAAUUCAAUCCUCGCAUUAGACAUUCUCUUAACUCAACUGGACUGUGGUAUGACCAUAAAUUUGAAGAUUAUAAAGUGCUGAAUAUUGUUUCGGCUUAUAUCAAAGAUGAAAGAGGGUAUUUACUUGAUGUGAUUUAUCACAUUGAAUUGUAUUCACUCAAACUUAAUUCCUGGAAGAGAAUACCAUGCCCUGACUUCGAUUGUGGUGAGGAAUCCAAUGGAGCAUGCAUAGAUGGGGUUUUUUAUUGUAGAGCAAGUCUAAAAGGACAGUCUGGUUUUAUCCUUUCGUUUGACUUUUCUACCGAAACUUUAUCCAGUUUACCCUCUCCUUUACCCUCACCUGAUCGCCCUGACCAUUAUUAUUUUCUGGAGUAUAAAGGGUUGUUAAGUGCUCUUGCAUGCUGGUUUGAUGAAGAUAAUCUAUAUGAAGAUUCUGUACCUUUGAAAUAUGAGCUUUGGAUUAUGAGCAAUGGAUUGUGGACAAGAGAAUCUAUUUUCCAUAUUCGUGGUGUUCAACUUCCGGUAUGGUUUUCACAGGAUGGCAAGCUAUUGUAUCUUGCAAGCGCGACAGACGAGCUAGUGAUGUUUGAUCGUGCCACUGGAGAGUUGAAGCAUCUUGGUAUCGAUUGGUCCUCGGCUGGUUUCAGGAAUAGGCCAAUGAUGAUUCCAUUUUUUGAGAGCUUUGUUCAACUCAAUUGAAUUUCAAGUAUUAAAUAAUUCAACUUCAUCAUCAGAAGUUUGAGCAUGAGAACUAUGGAAAAGAAGAGGAUGUGACUGAAGCAGAAAGACCUUUGAUUCUAGCGUAGCUUGUUAUCUUUUUGUUUUUGUUUUUGACAUUAGGGAUUCGAACAAUAUUUUCCAAUAGGAUUAGUUAGUUAUUCCAAGAAUGUGUCAUGAAAAUUCUUUUCCUGCUUGUAUAAACUAUUAGUUAUUCCAUCUCAUUAUCAAUCCCAUCUGUGGUUUUCCCAUAAUGCA